CGGUUAGAAACGAAAACAAUAUUUUAUGCCGAAAUGAAUGUUUCAAAUUAUCUAAAACAUUAUAUCGUGAUUCAGUACAUUUAGUAUUAGAAUCCGCGACGACCGAAGGAUGCCGUGUUUUAUUAAAUAAAGAAAACAUUCAGAUACUUAAACAAAUGGAGUGUACUAUUAAUAAUAGUAUAACAAGAAAAUUAAAAACACGUAUGCAAGUAAUACAUCAAGUAGAUCGUAUUGUACAAUACGCUGACAGUAAAUGGUCAGGCCCUAAAAUUCAACAAUCAAACAAUGAUGAAAUGGUCAAUUUUAUAAGAAGUUUGAACGAUAUAGAAAUAGGUGACAGUAAUUACAUAAGCGAGCUGAAAAAUUUAGCAUGCAAUGUAAUAGUUGAUCGAUGGGUCAAGUCACGGUCCGAGGGCACGCUUCAAAUUAAUGAAAAAGAAGAAAUGUAUGACGAAAAUGACGGUCCGGCAUUUUUCGACACAACAGUGUUUACCCAAGAAAAUAGUUAUAGUCCAUGGGCUUCACAAUGGCCGAAACCCAAUCACGUCAGAAAAUUAACUUAUAUUAAUAAUUUAUAAACAAUAACUUUAUAUAUUGUAAU